AUGUCGAGACCGCCCCCAGAAGCGCCGCGCCCCCGCCCCGCCGCCCAGGGCCCCGCCAAGAAGGCGCCGGCCGCCCCCAAGAAGACACCCGCCGCCGCCGCCAAGAAGCCCCGCAAGGCGGCCGGACCCAGCGUCACCGAGCUCCUCACCAAGGCCGUCGCCGCCUCCAAGGAGCGACACGGCGUCUCGCUCGCCGCCCUCAAGAAGGUCCUCGCCGCCGCCGGCUACGACGUCGACAAGAACAACAGCCGCAUCAAGAUCGGCCUCAAGAGCCUCGUCACCAAAGGGACCCUCCUGCAGACCAAGGGCACCGGCCUCCGGCUCCUUCCGGGAAUCAACAAACAGGCAGACGCCUCCCGCGGCCAAGGGACCCCAGGGACCGGAGGCCGCCGCCGCCGGCAGCCCGCCGCCAAGAAAACCAAGGCCGCCGCCAAGAAGCCCGCCGCCGCCGCCGCCAAGAAGACCAUCAAGAAGGCGCCCCUCAAGGAGCCCAAGAAGCCCGCGCCCAAGAAGACCAAGGCCCCGGCCAAGAAGCCCGCGCCCGCCAAGAGCCCCAAGAAGGCCAAGGCCCCCGCCAAGACCAAGAAGACCAAGGCCGCCGCCAAGAGCCCGGCCAAGCCCAAGGCCGCCAAGCCCAAGCCCAAGGUGGCCAAGACCAAGAAGGCGGCGCCCAAGAAGAAGUGAGACCCUCGCCCUCCUCCGCCGCCGC